GAGGGGUAGAGAAGCAGGGGGAGAGACUGAUUUAUUUCCACAGCUGAGAGCUCCUGUAUAGUUUGGCGUAGAUUUCGGACGGGCAGUUGAGAGGAGAAGAGGGACAAGAAAGCCAAAAGAGGGAAAGAAGGGAAAAACAGAGUGCAAGGAGGAGGACUGUGGACAUGGAUGCCCUAGCACUAGAGGCCACCAGCACUAAAAAACCAUCCAACGGGGCGGCGGCGGUUGCUGCCCCGGUGCCGGCUCAAGCCCCGGUCAAGCGCAAACCUGCUAAAAAAACUAAAAAGGCUGUUGUUUUCUUUGAGGUGGAGAUACUGGAUGCCAAGACCAAGGACAAGCUCUGCUUCCUGGACAAGGUCGAGCCAAAUGCCACCAUCGGAGAGAUCAAGUCUAUGUUCCACAAGAGCCAUCCUCAGUGGUACCCAGCCAGGCAGUCUAUUCGCCUCGACCCCAAGGGGAAGUCUCUGAAGGAAGAAGAUGUUCUGCAGCAUCUCCCUGUGGGAACCACGGCAACUUUCUACUUCAGAGACCUGGGAGCCCAGAUCAGCUGGGUCACAGUCUUUCUGACGGAGUACACCGGUCCUCUGGUCCUCUAUCUGAUGUUCUACUUCAGAGUUCCCUUCAUCUACGCACCCAAAUAUGACUUUACCACCAGUAAACACUGGGUUGUACAUCUUGCCUGUAUGUGUCACUCCUUCCACUUCUUUAAGAGGCUGCUGGAGACACUGUUUGUCCAUCGCUUCUCUCAUGGAACAAUGCCGUUACGCAACAUCUUCAAGAACUGUACCUACUACUGGGGCUUUGCAGCAUGGAUGGCCUAUUACAUCAACCACCCACUGUACACACCACCCAUCUACGGAGAACAACAAAUCAGACUGGCUCUCGUCAUAUUCUUGUUCUGUCAGAUUGGCAACUUUUCCAUCCACAUUGCUCUUCGGAACCUCCGUCCACCAGGCUCUAAGACCAGAAAGAUUCCCUAUCCAACCAAGAACCCCUUCACCUGGAUCUUCUUGCUGGUCUCCUGCCCCAACUACACCUAUGAGCUGGGCUCCUGGCUUGGCUUCACGCUGAUGACUCAGUGUCUGCCGGUGGCCUUCUUCACCUUGGUGGGUUUCAUCCAGAUGACUGUGUGGGCCAAAGGGAAGCACCGCAGCUACCUGAAGGAGUUCCGUGACUACCCUCCUGUCCGCUCACCCAUCCUCCCCUUUAUCUUGUAGAGGACUACUUGAUCGCUCGCUUGGCCGUUCUGCUCUCCCUGCUUGUAGUCAAAUACACCCCCUCCUAAACUGAGAGUGUGCUCUCCCUUUUUCAAAUCUCCAUUGGAACUUAGUAGACUACUGACUGAAAGAAUCUGACCCUGUACCCUGUUUCCUCCCGUUCCCACCACCAAGUUUUCUUUUGCUUUCCAUCUGCCAUCCCUGCAGUAUUGAGUGCAAAUGUGAAGCACAAAACUUUUUUUUUUUUUUAUUGCCCACAAACCCAUUCUGAUUGGUUAAUCGACAUGUGUGUUUGAGCUCCCAGAGCAGUUAUACACCUUCAAACUACCCAGUGUAUAUUCAAUGACAAUGUACAUAAUUAAGAUUAACAUGUCCAACCACUCUGCCAUCUAAUACUGUUUUUUUAGGCUCAUUCAUCAUCUGGUGAGAUUCAGUGAUUUGGUUUAGUUUUUAUAUCAAUUCAUCAAAAUUUGAAAUCAUGACUGUCAUUUUGUAGAUGCCUGAAGUAAUUUAUUAAAAAAAAAAAAGGUUAACCAAAA